AAGCCAGCCAGCCGUCACGAUAAGCCAUCGACGACGGCUUGAAGGAAGUGCAGCCCCACAAAGCUUAUGAUAUAGACAAUUUCUCCCAUGGAUUCGCAUUUACCUACCAAGAUUUCACUCACAAUUUGAUUCAUACUUCUUCCUCAUCUCAUCAACAAUGGCAACUCGAUAAGAUUCUGCUUGAUUUCUUCAUCAAAUGGAUACCGAGCUCAAAGACUUCAUUUCUGUAACUAAUCCUCAAACACCGCCGCCAGAUGAAGACGACCGUCCGCUCCUUAAACCUGACCGCAAUCAGGAAUCUACGAACCCUGCGCCGCCGCCUUCCGAGACUAUAGAGGAGUUGGAGAAGAAAUUUCCUGCUUAUGUACGAAACGAUGUGUAUGGAACAAUGGGUCUCGGCGAGCUACCGCUGACGGAGAAGGUACUCGUUGGUGUCGCGCUAGUCACACUCUUGCCGUUGAGAGUGUUGGCGGCGACAUUGAUGUUGAUUGUUUAUUACGUGAUUUGUCGGAUUUGCACUAUGUUUUCUGCUCCGAAUCGAGCAGAUGAACAGGAAGAUUAUGCCCAUAUGGGUGGAUGGAGGAGGGCUGUGGUUAUCAGGUCUGGAAAGUUCCUCUCUAGGGCUAUUCUUUUCUCUAUGGGGUUUUACUGGAUCAAAGAAAUUCCUCUUCAUCAAGAGCAGGGAGAUUGUAAACAUCAAGAUGAAGACAUUGAAAGACCUGGAGUUAUCAUAUCAAAUCAUGUAUCAUAUCUGGAUAUACUGUACCAUAUGUCUUACUUCUUCCCAAGCUUUGUAGCUAAGAGAUCAGUGGCUAAACUCCCCCUAGUUGGCCUCAUCAGCAAGUGUAUGGGUUGUGUAUAUGUUCAGCGGGAAUCGAAAUCAUCAGACUUUAAGGGGGUUUCUGGUGUUGUGAAUGAAAGAAUUCGAGAAGCUCAUGAGAAGGAAGAUGCUCCAUUAAUGAUGCUAUUUCCAGAGGGCACAACUACAAAUGGGAACUUCCUUCUUCCAUUUAAGACUGGUGCAUUCCUUGCAAAAGCUCCUGUUCGUCCUGUGAUUUUAAGAUACCCUUAUGAAAGAUUUAGUCCUGCAUGGGACUCUAUAUCAGGGGUGCGUCAUGUAAUAUUACUCCUUUGUCAGUUUGUAAACUACCUUGAGGUUUUACAGUUACCUGUAUACUAUCCUUCACAAGAGGAAAAGGAUGAUCCAAAACUUUAUGCAGAGAAUGUUCGAAGGAUGAUGGCCCGUGAGGGUAAUAUGACAUUGUGCGAUAUAGGGCUGCCAGAGAAACGAAUAUACCAUGCUGCUCUCAAUAAUGGUAAUAAUAGAUUACCUAGUGUUGUUGUUUUGCAUCACAAAAAGGAUUGAUUGAUUGAUUGAUUCAUUUCGUGGGCGGGGCGAUAAGAUGCCUAAUAACUUCCAGUUUACCUCCAAUCAUCAUAAUAAUUGGUCUUUUGUCUAGAAAUAAUGAAGAAAACUGGUUGUAAUAAUAAUGUUUCAGCAGACAUAUAUACAUUGAGAGUGUAAAAGGAACUGACUAUGCAUCUGUGUCUGAAAUGUUUCUUCCUUUCGUCUUCAUGCAGGUUUCUUUUGACAUCA